AUGGAGUCCUCUGCACCCGCGCCACCUGAAUCUUCGGGGUCUUCGCCGCUUUCUGCGCCGGGUCAAUCUGCCAGCCAACCUGACGGCCCAGCACACAUCUCGUUAGGCUCGUCAUCUUCGCCCUCAGCUCACACCUCGUCCGCCGAAUCCGUGGCUGUUACCAACCAGCCCACCACCCCAUCCUCCUCCUCAUCGUCCCGGCUCAAGCCGGCCAAGAUGCGUCUACCACUUUCUGACCUGGACGAUGCCAGCAGCGUCGGCUCCAACGAGGCGCUCGUCGCCGUCAAAGUCCACAUCCGCAGUGCCAUCUCGUCGCCGCGCUCCUCCGUCUCCUCCUCUGGCGCCGUGCGACGUGGUGCCUGGAAGGGUAUGGGCGCAGCCUCAUCUGCUCGCACAACGCGCAGCUUCAAAAAUGCUCAGCGUGCCGAGACAUACGCCUGUUCGAGCUCAUCCGAGCUUGGUCCGGACGACGCUUUGGCAGCCGCUUCCCCACCCACCCCACACGCAACUGGCAUUUCAUCGGGUCUCAGUCCUCCGCAGCCACGGUCUCCCGAGCAGCCUGACGAAAGUGAGAUCGACGACAGGUAUCGAGACAAUCCGCAGGAGCUGUGUGUCACCGAUCACCCCGCCUGGCACAAGUUGCGCGCUCAGCCUGGCGUAGCUGCUCCCGGAACGCUUAGCUACCUGCCUUCGGUGCCGUCCAAUCCUUCCUCUGAAGCGGCCCAAGCCGACAACCUUUCAGAUACACGCGAAGCUUCAGACACACUCCAGUAUCCACAGCUCCCUGCUUUUUCCCAUCCCUUCCGGGAAGCAGCAAACUCCUCUGCCACGCAAUCUACUAGUAUUCCAAACGGACACGCGGCUCAUCCCUCAGCGUUUCACGAAGACCACCAGACCACUGCCGAAGCGGACAACGAUAGCGCCAUCGCGCCCCAAGCCAUCGAGCCUGGUGCAUACGAUUGGGCCAAUUUUGUCUAUGCUUAUGCGCGAGGACGUUGGAACCCAGGCCUUAUCCCGCAACCGCCUGGCCAAUCAACCGCAUUCCCAGGCGCAAAGACCCGCAUUAGCACCAUCCGCGAGCCAUCUGCGGAUGCGAAGUCUGCUGUACCGGACGUACUCAGCCAGCGCAGACCCUCUCUGGAGUACUUGAUACCUGAAUUAGGGGAUCAAAGUGCAGAUGCCGUGCCUGCCCCUGUUCCACCGGGUUUUGAGCCUCACAGCCUUCCUAUGAGCGCCGUGGCAAGCAACACCAGCAACGACUGCGGCGACUCAAACACGGCAACCUCGCUCCCUCUCGACGCAGCCUCCUAUGCACCCAUCACCGAUGCAACACGUUCACGGACGCACCUUCCUACCAUUUCGCUCGAGGAAGACAACGCUCCGCCCCAAAACAACGCGUCUCCCACGUCCACCGCGGCCCACGGUGUCCGUUCCGGCAAUAAGAUCGGCAAUGUCAUCGAUCCCAACGUCUUGACAGCACUCCGUGAGCCUUCAGCGAGCAUGUCGGCCGUAUCUCGCAAGCCCACAGCCGCUGCGAGAGCCGUCGAAGCUGCCACCAAGGGGCAGGGAAACGUUUUCGACAACAUCGACGAUGCUUCCAAGAACAGCCUCCUUCCACAGAGGGCAAAGACGGUUCCCGAAGGAUUGCCGACCAGCGUCACACGUGGCCAGCUGCCCUCGCAACCAGAUCGCGCAGGUCUGGCACCUGCCGCGCAGCUGGCGAUCAAGCCGUCGACGGGCACUAGUCGUAACAACUCAGACACUGUGCUCGACGAGAUCAGAGGAGGAGGGGAAGCAGCAGCGUCGUCAGGCAAGGCCAUCUUGACCGACGAUCCUGGCAAGCCUGUUGUGAGCACGCCGAUCAGCGCGAUUCCCGAUCCGUUGCAGCGCUCCACUCCAAAGAAGGACAAGACCUCGAUCGUAAAAGACGCUAUCUCGCCAAUGUCUCAACCUCCUCAUGCCGCAGCGACCGCGACACCCUCUGCAAGAACCCCAUCCAAGCUAGCGGGUGCUAUCCGCACUGAUCCCAGCAGUACCGCACCGGACGCAAAUCCGACCUCGGACCACGAAACAGGCACCGAGACGGAAGCGCUUUACCGACCAGGACCUACGCCCAUCCAGUCGACGCACGGCAUUCCUAAACAGCCCGUCGUGUGGCAGUCCGCGCCAGAAGGCCUGUCCAGCUUCGCCGAGGCUAUGUCCCGAAACGCAUCCGGUGCAGGCGCUGUUGACCCCAAAUCUCCGCUUGGCAACGAAAUCGCCGUCGACAGCGUCACCGUAGCCGGUCUUCGUCGAGCUGCACGAAGGACGAGCAUGGAGAGAUCGGCUGCCGAUGCAGAUCGCAACCGAAACGAGGGAGGCGCCAACCGUAGGGGCUCUUUGGUAUCACAUAGUGCCAGCUUCCCCGGCAGUUCACCUCGACCCUCCGUCUCCGCCGCCGGCGGCCCCCGCGAAGGCGUUCAGCCGCUCUCGCACCUCUCCAUGGGUACCAGCGCCACCUCGAGCGCUUCGGCGUCGGCCUCUGCCUCCACCAACAACGGCCCCACUGUCAAUGUGGCGCAUUUCGUCGACGGCAGACAGAGCGGAGAGACGCGUAUCGACUUGCGCGGAACCGUCACGAGCUCUUCGCUUGCCACGAUGGACGAUGCCGCCAGUUCCUGCCCGGCCCCGCACGACGUCAGCGCAAGAGAUGUCUCGCUCGCUGCCAGCGCGUCCGCAGCACGGACGAGACCAGGUUUGACGAGCAGCUCGUCGCAGCGCAUCCAUUCUUAUCUUGCCGCCGGCAGACGUGUCGAACUCUUCUACCGCGAUUUCGGCUACCUCCCCUCCAUCCUCCCGCCUCAGGAGCAGUCGCGCCUCCACGCACUCUCGCGAUACGGUCCGCCUAAGCUCGCAGGCGACCCCAACUUCGAAAGGAUUGCCCAUUUGGUCAAGCUGGUUUUCAACUCGAAAAUGGUGCUCAUCACACUUGUCGGAGAGGAUCAGCAGAUCUUCCAAGCACAAAUGGGCGGAGGCGGUGAGAUCACGAUCGAAUCGCUUCGGUCGCUCGCUAGCUCUCGCAAUUGUUCUUUCUGCUCGCACGCCAUCUUGCAGGACAGCGAUGAGCCCAUCGUCAUCUUCGAUGCGGCCAAGGAUUGGCGUUUCUCAGGCAAUCCGCUCGUGCAAGGCUCACCCGACAUCCGCUUUUACGCCGGCAGUCCGCUGCGCACCUCCGACGGUCUCAACAUUGGAAGUCUCUGCUUGAUCGAUGACAAGCCACGCACCGAGUUUGGUCCCCGACAGCGUCACACGCUCAAGGAGUUUGCCCGUGUGGUGAUGCGCGAGAUGGAGUUGCUGCGCGACAAGAUCCAGUUCGGAAUGCGCGACCGUAUGCAGCGGUCGGUCGAGCUCUUCACCAAGGAAUGCUUGGAGAUGGACUCGGAGGAGGGCGAGGCCGAAGCGGUGGCUUCUGCGCAGGGCACGAUCGGUACGCACAAAGUGUUUCAACUCGCUGCCCGUAGCAUGCGCGAGGCCCUUCAGGCGUCCGGAGCCGUCAUCUUUGACCUCUCACACUUUGAGCUCAUCGAUUCAUACGACAACCAGUUCGUCCCCAGCGAUCUGGGCACCGGCACCAGCAGCAAGAUCUACUUUGCCAACCCGCUCUCGUCGCAGGAAACGGCUGGAGCAUCGUCCAGGCCCAGCAGCGAUCCUGGUUCUGACUCUGACUCCGGAACAGACACGGCUGCCGGAGCGCCAGCACCGUCUCACAGAAAGGGUGUGGCUCGCGAAGGCAACUUUGACGGCACCACGGGCGUCGAGACUUUCCGCAGUCCUUUCAAUCCGUCCGCGGCGGAUCAGAGCGCCCGGGCGAAGCGCGUACCUCCCAUGAGCGUGCUCGGCGCCAGCGAAGCCGACGGCGCGCCUCCCGAGCGCAGUGAAUUUGUGCCCGUCAGCCACCAUGUCCAGAUGGCCGAAUUCCUGCGGCUGCAUCGCACUGGCAAGUUUUACUCGUAUGCGCCGCCUCCCUUCCGAUCGCUGCUACCUCAUGGAGUGACAAGCCUACUGUUGGUGCCAAUCUUUGGUCUCAACAAGCAGCCCUUCGCGCUGCUGUGCGCCUACAUCACCAGCGCGGAGCGCUCGAUCGCCCUUGAGGAGCUCCAGGUGAGCGGCCUCCAGUAUCUCCGAGCGCUUGGUAUGAUCGUGCUCAGCGCCAUUCUCAAGAAGGACAUCAUGCUUGCAGAUAAGGCCAAGAGCAAUUUCAUCUCCAACAUCUCGCACGAGCUGCGCACGCCGCUUCAUGGCAUCCUCGCCGCCGCCGAAUUGCUCGCCGAAACCAAACUGAACGCUACGCAAGGGUCGUACCUCGAGACCGUGGAGGCAUGCGGCAAGAGUCUGCUCGAACUGGUCAACCACGUUCUCGACUUUACCAAGCUCAGCGGCAAUACGCGACAAGGCCAGCGCUCCAUCCAGACAAAGACCAAAUGCGACUUGGUCAAGCUCGUACAGGAGGUGUGCGAGAGCAGUUGGAUUGGCCAGAUGGCAAGGCAGGUCGAGAACGCCUCCUCGGGUAUUGGCAGUGUCUACGCGCCGCCCGCUGCAGGCGGCUCCAGCGGUGGUAGCAUGGUGCAGGCGCGAGCCAAAGCGGCUCGAGAGAACAAGGUGGAGACGGUAAUCGACAUUGCGCUGCGAGAGGACGGUUGGCUGGUCAAUUGUGACAGUGGCGGUAUUCGCCGUGUGCUCAUGAAUCUGAUCGGCAACUCACUCAAGUUUACUUCCGUUGGAUUCGUACACGUCUCUCUGCGAGAGGUUCAGAGCUCCAAGACGCACAUCAUGGUGGAGCUGUCGGUCACAGACACGGGUCGCGGUAUUUCGCAUGCAUUCUUGGAGGAGCAGCUCUUCCAUCCUUUCACGCAGGAGAACCCACACGGCACGGGCACUGGUCUGGGUCUGUCGAUUGUUAACAGUAUCGUGCAAUCGCCUUCGAUGAACGGCAAGAUCGAUGUCUGGAGCACUGAAGGCGAAGGUACCGAGAUCCGCGUCACGUGCGAGCUCGAGCUUUGCGAGGACGACGAUGUCGAGGGCCCUACGUACAAGCCAGCAGUCAACGUCCACCAGACUUACACCGUAGCGCUGCUCGGCUUUGACGAGUCGCGCGGUGACCAGGAUCUGUGCCACGCCCUCGAAGGCUACUUCCUAAACUGGUGGGAGUUCAAGCUCUCCGAGCAGGUCCAGGCUGAUGACCAUAUCAAGCACAGCGACGUGCUCGUCAUCAACGACGACAUGCAGCUGCUGGAGAAGGUUAAGGCACAGCGCGGACUCGAGCUUCCGCCCGUGAUCUUCCUCACCGCCAGUCGGGGCGAGUCUGAGAUAGCCAUGGCAUGCGAGGCUUACCACGCAGCCGGCGGCGUGGCGCGGAUUCUGUUCAAGCCUGCCGGUCCCGCAAAAUUGGAGAGCGUCGUCGAUUUCUGCCUGCAGUGCCUCGAGCGCAGACGAGCUGGUGAUCCCGUGUCGUCCGAAGAGACCAAACCUAGCACGCCGUUGCCUUCACCGAGCGAAGGUGGAGCCGCAUACAGGCAGAUGGAGCAAAGCGAAAGCUACUUUGCGCCUCGCCACAGUCGACCGGACAUUCACGACAUCCCGGGACAUCAGCUGGGCUCAUUUGAUUCGAAUGCUUCGAUCACGCCACGCGCCGAUGGCGAGACGCCUGUCGCGAUGACCAGCCUGGCAGACGGGGCGAUGUCGAAGCCGGCAAAGUCUCGGUCACAACUGGCAGAAGGCGAGAUCAGAGAGCUGCGCCGACCCGCACUGGACCCAGGCAUUGAUCGCAUCCGCUCGCACUACAUGUCGCCCGAUCCGCCGGGCACCCCAUCGAGCUCGCUCAUCCGGCGCCACUCGACGGAAGCACGCAUGAACGCUGGUAACGAGGAUGCCUCAGGGUCGAGCGCGUUGAAGCCUAGUCGACCGCUACUGCCUGCGCGAAGUAUCACGUACCACGAGCCGCGGCUGCACAAGCAUGUGUUCAUGUCGCCUUUGUCCGGAAACACACCUUCGCACGGAGGACGUGACGGCGACGGGGACUCGUACUUCGAGCGUGUUCCAACGCCCAAUACGCCCAACACACCUGGCUCGACCGUGUCGCUGGAAGGUGGAGACGGUGCAGUGCUCAAGAGUGCCUUGGUGUCGAGUCGAAGCGGCGGCAGCAGCGUGGCUGGUGCAGGUGUAGGUGGCAGCGGCGCCUCUCGAAAGCGCAUGCAGAUCUUGUCGGUCGAGGACAAUGCGAUCAACCGCAAGGUGAUUGCGGCGUUCCUGACCAAGUUGGACAUUGACUUUGUCGAGGCCACCAACGGCGAGGAGGGGAUCUCGCAGUUUUCGCGCUUUCCGCCCGACCACUUUGAUGUGAUUCUGAUGGAUCUGUCGAUGCCAGUGCUGGACGGCAUCUCGGCGAUUGCGGCGAUUCGCAAGAUCGAGAUGGAGCGCUAUCAGAGCAGCAAGAGCGCCAGCGUCAACAGUGGCAGUCGUGGCGGCGGAUCGGCGGUUCCAACAGCCAAUGCUGGACCUGUCAAGCCACCGGCAAAACACCGUGCCAAGAUCUUUGCGCUCACCGGACGUUCGACGGACGAGGACAAGCGACAGGCAUUCCAGACGGGCGCGGACGGAUACAUUGUCAAGCCGCUCAGCUUCAAGGUGCUCUCGUCGCUGCUCAGGAUGCUGAUGCGAUGA